AUGACUGUUAUAUGGAACAGUCAUCACAUACCAUUAACAGAUGAAGAACAUAGAAAUGAAGCUUCAGUUAAUCACAAUACGACCCGAAAGGAAAUCAUAACAUAUGAAAAACAACCGGGUGUCCAUCAGUCCCACUAUAACCAGAGAACCAAUAUUGGUAUAUCAGCUUCAGACAACAGUCAUCACAUAUCAUUAACAGAUGAAGAACGUAGAAAUGAAGCUUUAGUUAACCACAAUACGACUCGGCGGGAAAUAAUUACGGAAUACAAAUAUUCUAAUAAUGAAGCAGAACUAAACCAACAAAAUAACCAGCAUAAUAUAGUCCAUUCUACGAAAAACGCGGGAAGCACAAGUAGAAUAAGCCAAGAAAAUGGUAGACUGCACUCUGAAAACUACUCCGAGCAAAGAAAUCAUGAAGAUUCUAAUAAAAUAAACAGAGAUGGUGAACCAUAUCUUACUACCACUGGGGAUCCAUCAAACGAUCAAAACAUCACUGUUUUAGAAAAUCAGAAUUAUUUUACGAAUAAUGUUCACCCCCGAAAUACAAGUCAGGAAAUUAUUCGUGAAACGCGUGUUAUCGAAGAAAGAUUUGUGACUAAGGUGAAGGACCACAACAAUGAGCCCCUGAUUCAAAAGGAAAAUGACAGUAAUAAUUUUUUAGCGCAUCCGGGGGCACCUCUUCUCAUCGCUAGCGAAGCAAACCACCAGAAGGUGCCUCCAAUUAAUGAUUAUCAUGAAUAUAAAUAUCAACAGCCAGUUGCGGAAAAUUCAGUCUUUGAUACUAGAUAUCACAAAGAACCACCAAUAGGAGACGGAUUUCAAAUUCAGGCUUCAGAUGACAAGGAGAUAGCACAAGUGAGAAACAGAUAUUGUGAAAAACCAAGUGAAAGACAUUCUGGUUUGUCUAAUAAAUGCUAUUACACAGAAACAUUCCAUGUCAAAGAAGAAUAUAGUCCGAAAAUUCUCCAAAACAACUCCCCUGACACGGCUAAACCACUUUUGGAUCAAACACAAUCUCCAAAUGAAAUGUCGAGGGACCACAAGUCCCAAAGUGAAAAUAUUCAUUUUUCCUCCAGUAAUAUUUCUAAUGUAUACAAUAUGACCGUGUAUAAUAACAAAGGGGAAGGAAAUAAUGGAAAGCCAUUUUCAGAUGACUUGAGUAAUUUUAACAAAGACUUCGAAGGAGGAAAUCUUAAUCAAAACACAAGUCAAAGAAAAUUGAAUAUAGAGGAUAAGAUAAGUGAUAAAUCUGAACCACUUAACCAAAGUAUCGAUAAACAGCGCUCAGAAAGAAAUCUUCUUCAACAAGUUGAUAGCACUUCCCAUGUGCUUACUGAGCGAGAAGCUGAGUACAACAAAUACAGCACAUCAGACAGUACUCUAAAUCAUGUACUGUCAAACAACUCUCAUUCUGAGAAAAAUGAAUUAAACCCUCAACCUUUGGAAUUUAGUGAUCCAAAGUUGCUGGAUACUAGAAUCAGUAAUGAUGUGAGUAACCAGGAAUUUAAUAACUCGACUCUAGGAUGUUUUUCAACCGAUAAUAUUACAGAGGUAAAGAGUAAUUCUUCAUUCACGGGAAAAGAUGGCUUACAACAAGGGCAACAUCAAAUGAGGGAUAAUUCAACAUUUACACAGAAAGAAGAGUAUAAAGAAGGAACUGCUGACAGGGAUAAUUCUACUUCAAGACAGAAUGUUUAUGAACAAGAACAUGCAGGUAGGAAUAAUCCUGUUAUGCACAGACGAGAUGGAUAUGAACACGAAAUUACAGUGAGUAAAGGUACAUCUUCUACACGGGAACCAAACUAUUAUGAACAAAAAGUAAUUCUGAAUAAUAAUCCUACAACUGAAAAACACGAUGAUUAUAAUUCCAUACAGUGGGAACAUUCAUCUGUAGAGAGACAAAGUGACCAGGACGAAGGAAAGAACAAUAUAACUUAUAAAACAUUUUAUUCACAGAGACAGAGGGAAGGCACUGAACAAUUAGGAAACGAAGAAACGACUGAACUGGUACAGGAGGAUCACAGACAAAUACAAAACACAGUUAUAGAUACGUCACCUACACGGGAUCAGGAUGAUAGUGGACAAAUACAAAACACAGUUAUAGAUAGGCUGUCUACACAGGAUCAGGAUAAUAGUGGACAAAUACAAAACAUAGUUAUAGAUAAGUCACCUACACAGAAUCAGAAUUAUAGUGGACAAAUACAAAAUACAGUUAUAGAUAAGUCACCUAUACAGGAUCGGGAUGAUAGUGGAGUAAUACAAAACACAGUUAUAGAUAAGUCAUUUACACAGGAUCUGGAUGAUAGUGGCCAAAUACAAAACACAGUUAUAGAUAAGUCAUCUACACAGGAUCGGGAUGUUAGUGGAGAAAUACAAGACGCAGUUAUAGAUAAGUCAUCUGCACAGGAUCAGGAUGAUAGUGGACAAAUACAAAACACAGUUAUAGAUAAGUUAUCUACACAGGAUCGGGAUGAUAGUGGCCAAAUACAAAACACAGUUACAGAUAAGUCAUCUACACAGGAUCAGGAUGAUAGUGGACAAAUACAAAACACAGUUAUAGAUAAGUCAUCUACACAGGAUCGGGAUGAUAGUGGACAAAUACAAAACACAGUUAUAGAUAAGUCAUCUACACAGGAUCAGGAUAAUGAUCAUCAGCAGGACAGGAAUGAUUCGUCUACAGAGAUACAGAAUAAUCAUCAGCAGGACAGGAAUGAUUCAUCUACAGAGAUACAGAAUGAUCAUCAGCGGGACAGGAAUGAUUCGUCUACAGACAUACAGAAUGAUCAUCAGCAGGACAGGAAUAAUUCGUCUACAGUCAUACAGAAUGAUCAUCAGUGGGACAGGAAUGAUUCGUCUACAGACAUACAGAAUGGUCGUCAGCAGGACAGGAAUGAUUCGUCUAUAGUCAUACAGAAUGAUCAUCAGCAGGACAGGAAUGAUUCGUCUACAGACAUACAGAAUGAUCAUCAGCGGGACAGGAAUAAUUCGUCUACAGACAUACAGAAUGGCCGUCAGCAGGACAGGAAUGAUUUGUCUACAGACAUACAGAAUGGCCGUCAGCAGGACAGGAAUGAUGCGUCUACAGAGAGGCAAGAGAAUUUCGGAAAACUACAAAAUACAGAAGACACUUAUACUGAAAUUGAGAAUGAUUAUGUACAAGAUAAGAAUAAAUCAACUACACAGAAACUCGAUAAUUCUGAAGAUCAACAAAAUUCAAAAAAGAAUGACAUAUCUAUAGAUAUUCACGAUGACAAUGGACAGAAUAAGAAUGAAUCAACUACACAGAAGCAAGAUCAUUACGAUGAAUUAGAAAACACAAAAUACAAUGAUUUGUCUCGAGAGAUACAGAAUGAUCAUGAAGAAAGUGAGAAUGAGCCAACUGCACACAAGCAACAUAAUUGUGAUGAAUUACAAAACACAGAAAAUAUUUUUUUGUCCACAGAGUUAAAGAAUAAUCAUGAAGAAGAUAGCAGUGAAUUAACUACAAAGAAGCUGAAUAAUUGUAAAGAAUUAAAAAUCGCAGAGAACAGUCCCUUUCCUUUGGCUAUAGAGAUACCGGAUGAGAAUGAACCUACUACAGAGAAGCAGGAAAAUGAUGAUGAAUUACAAAAAACAGAAAAGAAUGUUUUGUCUACAGAGAUACAAGAUGACCAAGGAGAGAUUGGUAAUGAACCAACCACACAGAAGCAGGAUAAUGGUGCUGAGUUGCAAAACACAGAAAACAAUGGUUUAACCAUAGCAGGAAAAGAUGAUCUUGAAGAAGAUGGGAAUGAAUCACCUAUACUUAAGCAGUGUAAUGAUGCUAAAUUUCAAAACAUAGAAAGCAAUGAUUUAUCCACAGGGAUUCAAGAUGACCAUGGAGAGGUUGAUAAUGAACUGACUACACAGAAGGAGGGUAAUGAUGCUGAACUGCAAAACAGAGAAAACAGUGAUUUAUCCACAGAAAUACAGGAUGACUAUGGAGAGGAUGAUAAUGAACCCACUGCACAGAAAGAGGGAUAUGAUGCUGAAUUGCAAAACACAAAAAACAAUGGUUUAACCAUAGAUGUAAAAGAUGAGAAUCAAUCAAAUACACAGAUGCAAGAUAAUGAUGAUAAAUUGGAGGACGCAGAGAGCAAUGAUUUAUCCACAAAGACACAAAAUAAUUAUGAAGAAGACAGGAAUAAAUCUUCUAAACAGAAGCAGGAUAAUGAUUAUGAAUUGCAAAUGAUAGAAAACAAUGGUUUAUCCACAGAGAUUCAAGAUGACCAUGGAGAGGAUGUUAAUGAACCAACAACACAGAAGCAGGAUAAUAGUAAUGAAUUACAAGACACAGAAAAGAAUGUUUCUUCUACAGAGAUGCAGGAUGACCAUGAAGAGGAUGGUAAUGAACCAACCACACAAAAGGAGGGUAACAAUACAGUAUUGCAAAAUAGAGAAAACAGUGAUAUAUCUAAAAAGAUACAAGAUGGUCAUGAAGUAGAUAACAAUGAACUGACAGGGCAGAAGCAGGAUAUUUAUAGCAGAUCACAAGACUCAGAAAUACAAGAAGACCACGGAGAGGAUAGUAAUGAACCAUCCACACAGAAGCAGGAUAAUGAUGCUGAAUUGCAAAACACAGAAAACAGUGACUUAACAACAGAGCAAAAAGACUCAGAAAUACAAGAAGACCAUGGAGAGGAUAGUAAUGAACCAUCCACACGGAAGCAGGAUAAUGAUGCUGAAUUGCAAAACACAGAAAACAGUGACUUCAUUCUCAUCUUUUACCUCUAUGGUUAA